AUGGGCGAGCCAUGCCUGUCUGCAAUAUCUCAUGCAGUUGAUUCAACCCAUUUGUUUGGUAUAUGUAGUUCGUCUGUCUGGUGUUUCUUCUGCUCUGUUGACACCGUGACAGAAAGAAAGGCUGGUUUUGUCUGUGGGCUUAACCCUUCUAUUUCAACGCGGCUAAUGGUGGGAAGCACCACCACAGCUAAUCAGGCGAUAGACUGUCGGAAUCUGAGCUACUCAAUCACCACUCGGCAUGGAAAAGUUGUUCCCAUACUUAACGAUUGCUCGCUCAGCAUCCCCUCUGGACAGUUCUGGAUGCUUCUUGGCCCUAAUGGCUGCGGAAAAUCCACCCUCCUCAAAAUUUUGGCUGGUUUACUGAAUCCAAAUGGCGGGUUUUUGCGUGUUGAAAAGCCUAGGAGUUUCGUAUUUCAGAACCCUGAUCAUCAGGUGGUGAUGCCCACGGUGGAAGCAGAUGUAGCAUUUGGCCUUGGCAAGUGCAAUAUAAGCCGUGAAGAGGUUACGUGUAGAGUGGCUAAAGCUUUGGAUGCUGUAGGCAUGUAUGAAUAUUUGCAAAGACCGGUUCAAACUCUUAGUGGUGGUCAGAAACAAAGGGUUGCUAUUGCUGGUGCUUUGGCAGAAGCUUGCAAAGUAUUGUUACUAGAUGAACUCACAACGUUUUUGGAUGAAAAUGAUCAGCUUGGGGUUAUUGAAGCAGUGAAGAGCUCUUUGGCUACAUCCCAAGAAACUACAGCAUUAUGGGUGACCCAUCGUUUGGAAGAACUCGAUUAUGCAGAUGGUGCUGUCUACAUGGAGGACGGCAGAGUUGUAUUACAUGGUGAUGCUUCAAGUGUAUUGGAUUUUGUGGAAGCCAGGCAAGCCUCUUAUAAUAACCAAAGCAAUUCUUGA